AUGAUAUCAAGUUUUAUUGAUGUUUAUCCAGAUUUAAAUGGAGUUAUCUCUGAUAAGUCUCGAAAAUCAAUUCUUGCUGGUAUUGAUUUUGAUGAAACAUUAGCAUUUGCUAAGUAUUUAAAAUAUUUCGUCGAUGUAACAGAAUUGUUAAGUGCAGAAAAAACUCCUACAAUGCAUUUAGUUUUACCAUUCAAACAACGUCUUAUUAAUUUAUCGAAACCAGAUACAAAUGAUCCGAAUUCAAUAAUUAAAUUGAAAAAAUAUAUUGAGAAUCAAAUUCCGACAUAUUGGGAACUUGAUGAUAUUCAUUAUAUGGCUGCUGUUCUUCAUCCGAAGAUGAAACACUUACAAAUUUGUUCAAAUAAAGAUAAAAAGAAAGCUUAUGAUUUAUUAAAAAAGGAAAUUAAUAAAAGACAUGCGAUAACAUUUAAAGAAAAUACUUGUUUUUAUAUUUCAGCACAUCAAAUAAAUGCACCAGUUGGUUCUGCAACAUCAUUACAGCCAACAUUAACUACAUCACCUGAUUCUAAUGAUUUUUUAUCAGAAUGUUUUGAUCAAAUUUCUACAGCUGCUAUUGCACCUAAUACUAAUGAUGAAUUAAAACGUUAUUUACAAUCUAAUGAUAAUUUAAUACAUGACGAUGAAGAUUUAUUAAUAUUUUGGAAACGACAAAAAGUUUUUUAUCCAACUAUGUACUCAAUAGCAUGCGAAAUUCUUAUUGUUCCUGCUACAAAUACAGCUGCAGAGCGUUUGUUUUCUGCUAGUGGUAAGACAAUUACUAAUACUCGAACACGUCUAGCAACAGAAAAAGUUGAUAAACUUAUGUUCAUUAAAAAAAAUCUAUUAACAUUGAAAGAAAUUUUUGUUAAAAAUGGAAAAUUACAUGAUGCUCAUACUCAAGACAAUUAUGAUGCAACUGGUAAAAAGGGUGAAAAACGGUCUUAUGAGGAUGAUAGUGAUGAUGAUAAUGAAAAUGAUAAUGAUGAUGAUAAUGAAAAUGAUAAUGGUGAUGACGAUAAUGAUGAUGAUAAUGAUAUCAUUUUUACGGAUGGUGAAACGGUAUGACUUUGCUAUUGAUACAUUUUUGGUGAUUGUUUCUUCUUUUUUUUUUAAAUGUCUAAGUUUUUUAUUAUAAAUGAAAUACAAUGUGAUAUUUGAUAAAAAUAGUGAAAUUGAAUAUUAAAAUUUAGAAUUAAUUUCAGAAAUGUCGUAAAACUAUCUGUAAAAAAAUCGUAGUCUUAGUGAUCGUAAGUCUUGACAAGUUAAAUUUAGUUCUAACGGUAACACUGAUUCAAAAUUAUCCGUACUCUGUAAAAAAAAAUGUGUCAUAGUGAACCUUUUCU